AUGUGUUACUACAACGCUUCCCUGUUCCUCGUGUGCGGGCAUCUUGAACUGUCCGACGUUCCGAUCGCGGACUGUCGUUGCCCGCACCGAGACGCACAGGCCAUUCAUCCAGAUCACAAGGAAGGGGCAAAGAAUGUCGGGGGCUACCACCAACCCAAGAAGUCCCAGGAGGGGCACGCAUCACUCCCCAGUCCUCCUGCAACACCGCCUCCCAUCACGGAUUGCCAGCGGACGUCUAUUCAUCCACUGCACACAUUCCGAGUCAAGUCCCUUUGCCCAGAGUGCCAGGAGGAGCGCGAUGCCCGUAUCGAGGCAUUUGAGAACCAGAUGCGGGAGGACCUCGAGCGGCGGAUUCUGGCCCGGUCGGCAGAGUGGAACGAACGGGGCACCGAGGUGGGGAGGAGGAGGUUGUUCCGCGCUUCAACCACAUUGGCCAUGAUAAUGGAGGCGCCUAUCACAGCGAAGAGGGAACAACCGGAAGAAGCGUGGGAGUGUCAAAGCCAGGCCGACACGCAAAGAUCAUCGCCAGCAUCAGACAGCAUGGGAAAAAUGAUGGAUGGAUUUCGUCGCCGGGUCGGAUGGAAUCAAUGGGAGAUCUCGCCGACCAAGAAGGGACAGGAACAGAGUACGGGUGACCUGUCUGUAGCGGUACAGGGUUCGCCUCUAUCCCUAGCCGGGAAGUUAUCAUUCGCAGCAUUUGGAGCUGCUUCAGAAGGGAAACAAUGCACCCUCGGUUUGUGA